AUGGCGACCAUAACCCAAGUUCAGACGCAGGAGACACAGACGGUCUUGCCGAAGAGCCUUACGGUAGUACCAGGCCAGAUCACAGUCAAGGAGAUCUCGAAUCUCGACCUGCCAGAUAUCCCCCUUCCACCGCCAUCCACGAACCCGACUGAGAUCCUCGCUCAAGACAAGGGCACACCAGACAAUCAUGUUCCUCGAGACCCUCGGCUCAUCAGAUUAACGGGCGUCCACCCAUUCAAUGUCGAACCUCCACUGACAACGCUGUUCAAUGAAGGUUUCUUGACAUCACCAGAACUCUUCUACGUCAGGAACCAUGGACCUGUCCCUGUAGUGCGUGACGAGGAUAUUCCAAACUGGGAGAUCAGCAUCGAAGGGCUGGUCGAGCGGCCCGUCGUCUUGAACUUUCGUCAGAUUUUGCAGAAAUUCGAUCAGAUCACAGCCCCAAUUACACUUGUAUGUGCCGGAAACAGACGCAAGGAGCAGAAUACAGUGCGGAAAUCAAAGGGGUUUUCUUGGGGACCAGCUGGUCUGUCAACAGCCCUUUUUACGGGCCCCUUGAUGGCGGAUGUCCUUCGAUAUGCCAAGCCACUGCGUCAGGCCAAGUACGUCUGCAUGGAGGGAGCAGAUAAGCUGCCUAAUGGCUACUAUGGCACAUCGGUCAAGCUCAACUGGGCUAUGGAUCCCAACAAAUUGAUCAUGCUUGCGCAUAAGAUGAAUGGCGAGCCUCUUCGUCCGGAUCACGGUCGUCCCUUGAGAGCUGUUGUACCUGGUCAAAUCGGCGGUCGAAGCGUGAAGUGGAUCAAGAAACUGAUCUUGACUGAUGCACCCAGUGACAACUGGUAUCACAUCUAUGACAACCGAGUAUUACCAACGACCGUCUCUCCCGAAAUGGCCGCUUCAGAUCCGAUGUGGUGGCGUGACGAACGCUAUGCCAUUUAUGAUCUCAAUGUGAAUUCUGCUGCUGCGUACCCUCAACACAACGAAGUCCUUGAUCCUGCGACUGCUGGGCCGUCCUACACCGCCAAGGGUUAUGCAUAUGCUGGAGGGGGCCGAAGAGUCACUAGAGUCGAGAUCUCGCUGAACAAAGGCAAAUCUUGGCGGUUGGCGAACAUUCAGUAUGCUGAAGACAGGUACCGCGACUUUGACGGCGAAUUGUUCGGCGGCAAAGUCGACAUGCCUUGGCGUGAAACAUGUUACUGCUGGUGUUUCUGGUCUCUGGAUAUUCCUGUGUCCGAUUUGGAAGCUAGCGACGCCCUGCUAGUGAGAGGUAUGGAUGAAGCAAUGAGCGUCCAACCGCGCGACAUGUACUGGUCCGUUCUCGGAAUGAUGAACAAUCCUUGGUUCCGAGUGACUAUCACAAAACAGAAUGGGACCUUGUUGUUUGAACACCCUACUCAUCCUGUCAUGGCCGGCGGCUGGAUGGAACGCGUCAAAAAGGCUGGCGGCGAUCUGACCAACGGCAACUGGGGAGAGAGCCAAGGAGAAACAUUGGCAGAACCGGAACCUGUGAAGGAAAUCAACAUGAAGAAGGAAGGCUUGAAUCGAACUAUUAGUCUCGAAGAGUUCAAGAAGAACAACGAAGAGGGCGCCCAUUGGUUUAUCGUGAAGGGAGAAGUGUAUGAUGGCAAGCCUUUCCUUGAAGGUCACCCCGGAGGAGCACAGAGCAUCAUCUCUUCCAUCGGGUUAGACGUGACUGAGGACUUUUCCGAAAUUCAUAGCGAGACGGCGAAAGCAAUGAUGCCUGACUAUCACAUCGGUACAAUGGAUGAGGCGUCCCUAAAGGCGCUCAAAGAAGCCGGCAAAGAAGAAGAGCCCAGCGAGCCCCGUGCACUCUUCCUCCAACCACGGUCAUGGACGAAGGCGAAACUCGCAGCAAAGCGGGAUGUUUCCUGGGAUACGCGCAUAUUCACGUUCGAACUGGAACACCAGAAGCAAAAGCUGGGCUUACCGAUUGGACAGCAUAUGAUGAUCAAGGUCCAGGACCCCACAACCAAGGAAACUAUCAUCCGAUCAUACACCCCGCUCUCCGAUCCCAACAAAGAGGGGUCAGUUGAUGUACUCAUCAAGGUCUACUUUCCAACGCCAACCGUACCCGGUGGAAAAAUGACAAUGGCCCUCGACCAGCUUCCCCUUGACUCAAUGAUCGAGUGCAAGGGCCCCACAGGCCGGUUCGAGUAUCUCGGAAAUGGCAGGGUUACUAUCAGCGGUAAGGAGCGGCGCGUACGCUCCUUCAAGAUGAUCUGCGGCGGUACAGGUAUCACCCCGAUCUUUCAGGUUCUCCGCGCAGUGAUGCAAGACCCUCAAGAUCCCACAUCGUGCGUUGUCCUCUUUGGUAACAGACAAGAGGAGGAUAUCCUGUGUCGAGCCGAGCUCGAUGCAUUUGAGGCGUCAGAUAAGAACAAGUGCACGAUAGUACAUACUCUCAGCAAAGCACCAGACACGUGGACUGGCCGGAGAGGACGUAUCAGCGAAGCACUUCUGACGGAGUUUGCGGCGGCUGACGAUGAGAGCAUGGUACUCAUCUGCGGGCCUGAGGCGAUGGAAAAGUCUGCCAAGACGAUCCUUUUAGCCCAGGGGUGGAAAGAAUCAAAUCUUCAUUUCUUCUAG